UUGCAGUGGCUCGAUUCACGAAAUUCGGUCGAUAAUUGCGGUUAAAUUAAAACUUUCUCCGGUUCUGCAUCGGGGCACGAUCUCUCUCUGUCACUUCUAGACAUUGUUAUUUUAUUGUUUUUUUUUUUGUUAUUUGUUGUUGUUGUUGUCGUUUUGUAAGAGGAAUGCAUAUGCAUCCCUUGUGGUUCGGUGCCUUAGUGGCGGUGAUAACGCUUCUUGGCCCCACAGUUGCCUCCACUGAAAGCAACUCCACCACCCAGAUGCUGCAGCCAAAGAUUGUGGGUGGAACGGCCAUCGACAUUAAAGCAGCCCCGUACCAGGUCUCAGUGCGUCUGACGUCCAGGGAUAAACGCAAGUUCGGUUCGGGUCAUAUGUGUGGCGGCGUGCUCAUCUCCCAGCGCUUGGUGGCCACGGCCGCCCACUGUUGCUACAACUCAGACACGAAACAAUAUCGAGCGGCCGGCGAGUACGUGCUGGUCUUGGGCACCACCUAUCUGGGAACCAAAACGAAUGAGACACUGGUGUAUUACUUGCAGCAGCUGAUCGUCCACAGCAGCUACGACCACGGGACGCUGACCAACGACAUUGCGCUGAUGUUCAUCAAUGGCUACGUUCCCUGGACGUGGCCGACAGCGAGGGCUCUGACCCUUAACGAUCAGUCCCUGGCUGUCGCCACCGCGUGUGUGAUCACCGGCUGGGGAGUUCUCAUCUCUGGCGGCUCCAGCAGUAAUACGCUGCAGACGGCCACGGUGCCGACGGUCAGUUAUCCAAACUGCUACUUGGCCUAUCCCCCGUACGUGCCGAGAUCACAGAUCUGCGCCGGCUACACGACCGGCGGCUUUGAUGCCUGCCAGGGCGACUCUGGUGGACCGCUCAUGUGCAACAAUCGGCUGUCCGGUCUCGUCUCCUAUGGGGAUGGCUGUGGCAAGCCCAAUGUACCCGGCGUCUACACCAAUGUGUCCUAUUUCCACGAUUGGAUUGUCCAGCAGAAUAGCUCGCUCAAUUACACGAUCUACCGCAAUGGCGCGGACGGACGUAGCGGAGGGCGGCUCGGCUUUGUGCUGCUGUCCGGCAUCUUUGCAGCCGCCGCUGGAUCACUGCGGAUUAGGGGGUAACGUGACUGGGAGGAAGAGGAUCUGCCUGUAGGACUAUCACGAUUUUAAAUAGUGUUAUUUAUGUAGCAAAUAAAAUAAAUGAAUUUACUUAA